AAGUGUGUCACAAAAAAGUAAAUACAAAAAUACAGCUCUUUUUGAGAUUUCUUCUUCGACUUCGCAGAAGAAAAAAAAAUUCCUCAAAUUCUGUGAGACUGUUAUUAUCAACAAAAAAACAAUUUCAACACAACAACCACUACUACUACUGUUAUAACUAUCACUACAACUACCACAACAACAACAACAACAACAACUACUACUGAUUCUUGUAUUGAUCGCACAGUAAUUAACUCUCAUCUCAUAAUUAAAGUCGACUACUCUUUUGGUGCAAUGAUUUGUUAUUAAUUUAUAUGACAGACAAACUAAAUAUAAUGCAAAUAACACUCAAAUAAAAGUCAAACAACUGAUUGAUUCAAAUGUUGGUGUUAUCAGUGAACUGUUGUCGAGAGUUACCACUGGUUAACAUCUGGUCAUUGAUAAGAUGACAAACGCAACGAUAAGCCGAGUAAACACUGGUUUAGAUGGACUGCCAAAUACUGAUGAAACUAAUCCGACACUAAAUAUCACUUCACUGGUGACUAACAUUACGCUCAAUACAAGCGCUGCCACUAUCACCACAACGACCACAAUGUCAUACAUAUCUAAGUCUAGUACCACUGCCAUCGAGACGAUCAACAAUUAUACGACUACUGAUACCACUGUUGAGACAAUCACACCGUUCGACAGCUGCUACUCCACUCCCGAUGACUACGAACUGAUACCAUCAGUAUUCUGUUCGUCGCUUAUAGUAUUCGGUAUUAUUUAUCUCAUAUACGGCUACCGGUGCUUCAAAGCCGUACUAUUUUUGACUGGCUUUGCCUUCGGGACUACCGUUAUAUACAUGAUAUGUACGGCGGAAAACUUGCUGCCAAUGUAUGGCAAUAUCGGUGUGUCAGUAGUGGCCGGACUACUGUUCGGACUCAUCACUGUUCUAGUCGUAUACGUCGGUCUAUUUAUGCUGGGAUUUCAUUUGGGACUUAUAGCUAACUGUGCGAUCCUUAUUGUGAUAUACCUAUUGGAGCCAUACAUCGAUUCAGUGGAUCCGCCAAAUUCUGUAUGGAUUUUAUUCGCUUUAUUUAUGUCGUCGGGUCUGACCGGCGCCUGUUCUACGCUAUACUUUCAAAAAGGCUGUACAAUACUUGCCACUGUGUUUUAUGGCAGUUCAUUGACACUCAUUUGUUUGGAUUAUUUUAUUGAAAAUUUUAAACUCAUUUAUUGGUUUCGCGAUAAACUAAGAGACGGCCAAACACUGUACGAAUCGGUUGGUGUGACCCAAACAACCAGUUUAUGUCUGAUCUCAUGGAUAGUGUUGUCUUUAUGGCCGAUAUGUGUCGUCAAAGGUCUGAUCGUGCAGUGGUGUCUCACUGGAAGAGGUGUUAACUAUGAAAAUGACUAUAACUACGGUGUGGUCACAUCAACGACCAGUGCCAACGCACAGAGUGCUGUCAAUCGGAUCAGACGUGAGGAACAAAAACUGGAACAAAGACAACGAAAGUAUCGUUACUUAUAUCAGGUUAGGACAGCUCAUGGAGACGUCAUAUCACAGCAAUACAUACAGUCGUUAAACAAAAAGGUUAUACCACCGGAUAAUAGUCUCACCUAUAAUUCAGACCUAUCGACACACUUAACAAUAGUACCGUCGGACUCGAGGACAACCACUAUGUCUGUCGCCUAACGGAUGGACAGACAGACACACAUCACAUACACUGACCAACAAAUCAAAUAAUAAACUAAUAUUUUAGUUUCAAUUUCACAAAUAAUAAUAAUUUAAUUCAUUAAUUAUUUCAAUUCAAUUAAUUUUUUUUGAAAAUUAUUUUAAAUAAUAAUUUGUGUCAUUAUUUUUAUCGUUAAAUCUUAUCUUAACUAAUAAUUUCGGCUGCACUUUGAUAUUUGGGCCGCGCCGGAGGCGGGGGUGGGUGGUAUAGGUAGAUAGUACUUGAUGUCUAGUAUACAUAUGUAAAAUAUAGGACAUCGCAAACUAAAGGUUCAAAAGUUAUAAACUUAAAAAAUUAUUUUUAUUGCAAGACUUAUUAUUUUUUGAACCUAACUUAACCUAACCUAACAUAACCUAACCUAACCUAACCUAACCUAACCUAACCUAACCUAACCUAACCUAACCUAACCUAACCUAACCUAACCUAACC